UUAUAUUUUUGCUUAGAAGAAGGAAAAAAGAAGAAAGAGAGAGAGAGAACAAAAAAGACAGGAGUGUUGAGACAGAAAUAAGCAGAUGUUGCGAAUUGGCAUAUAAAAUGUAUUUCCCUCCCUCUUCCUGUUCCUCGUCGUCGUCGUCCUCUGUGUAUCCCUCGUCCCAAGGAUCUUCCACCACCAGUUCCUCCUCACAUCGUGGAUACCGUCAGCCGAGCUUAAUCUCCAGACCAUCGCUAACUCACCCCACACCCGUUUCGUUGUCUUCCUUGCGCGAUCUGACAGCGACUUCCUCGACUUAUAAUCCUCCAUCUUCCUCCUCCUCUUCUCCUUCCAUCUGUUCUUCUCCUACACGUUCAACUUCGCCGACCACUGCUACUGCGGAUAGUUUGGACUCUCUUAACCUCUCAAGCUCCUCUUCCCGACCCAUCCCCAUCCCAAAACCGGUUUCUACUGCGGACCUCCCCGUCACCCCACUGACCGGCCGUUUCGAAAAAGGUUAUUAUUUCGCACCGCAGCAAACCGAUCAAUCUCCUCCGUCUGAGAGAAAACCAUCUUCGCAUAAAAACAUCAAAAACCUCGACCCUCACGGUCGUCACCGUCGCUCUCACCGUCGUCAUCAUCAUCAUCAUCAUCUUCACCAUCACUCCCACAAUCUUCACCACCACCACCAGUCUACUCCAAGCAUGCGCUCCGACAGCUCGAACUUUUACUCCCCUGUCAUGUCCUCGGCCAUGCCACCCUCCGGACGUCCUGCCUCUCCGCAAUCGUCUCGAUCUCGCGCUCAGAAUACCACAAAGUCCGUCCCUUCCUUCCAUCUGAGCAAUCUUCCACGCUUCCAUCCCACCGUCUACCCCUCUACCGGCUCGCAGACUACGGUCGGACAGCAGCAACAACAGUCUCAGCCUCCAAUGCAAUCGCGGCACCAUACGUAUCGCCAGUCAUCAGGCUCCUCCUCUCGGGAUGGCAUGCGGCAGCUGAUGGAGAGUGUGGCAUCCUCGCGAGUACCUUCGGGACAGUACUCUCCAAGCCCAUCUGCUCCACGGUUGGACCCCCUUUUGAGCCCGGGUCCCGUCACUCCCUUGGUUUUGGAGGAAGGUAACAGCUAUCUCACUUCCGGCGCAUCCGGUGCGACAGAUCCAUUCUCGAGAGACCCUCCGAAUUCGGGAUCCGCGUCGGAUAAGAUCGCCCGCGAAGGGGACCGAGCUUGGCAGAAGAGCAGCAUAUUAAGUGCUAAGGGUCGGUGACUGUUGCCAGCUGCCUGCAUUGUUGGUGGCAUGGCCUUGGUCAAAAAGUCUUCGUCGUCUAUGUUUUUCUUUUCGUUUUUUCGCCCUCCACUCAGUCACGAUUUAUUCAAACGGCAUUAUGAAGUCUCUGAAUUGAUUAUAAACUAUAACCCAGCAUCUAGCAUCAUGAUAUAUCUAUAUUAUACCCCCAAUGGCAUUAUCAGCCUUUUGAUAUUCUUUACCUUUUAUGGGUCCUUUGUUACAUGUUGUCAUGGAUUAGAAGGACAGAGCCAGACUGUUCUGACUAGGAUAAAUGGCUCUGGACAAUAGAACUUGUUCAAUACUUCCAUAUUGUAACUCGUUAGUGUACAUGGCUUGCGUAUUCACUGCUUCUAAAUAAUUAUAUGUGUUCUAUCCCCUA